AUGACGUCAUCCGAGUUUGCUGGUGGGCCUACGCAAGGCCUAAGCGGCCUAGGUGCCUUCUACUACGAUCCGUCACAAGCACAACAGCAACAAUCCGCAACUGCCGCAUAUUUUCCGCAAUCCGCUAAUGUGACAUCAACUACGAACUUCGCAAAUCAGACUUCUGCCACGCAUGAUUCGAAUCUCUGCUAUACACAACGAUCAGUGGAUUGGACAAAAGAUGAUAAAGAUGAGAAGAAAGACGGUGAUGAAGAGAAACCGGGUGUUGCGGCUGUUUACCCGACUCAAUUAUCCGGCCGACGUGCAGAACAUCCGCUGAUGUUCCGGUGCACAGCGCUACAUUCGGGCUACAGUAUCCGUCGCGUGCCGCACGGCAAUCCCGUCCCUCUUCAGCUAAUCGACGAUUUAUGCGUAUGUUGA